AUGAACCUUACGUCCUCUUUUCUUAUGGGUGGCCAGCCCGACGUUCAUCGUUACGCCCAAGCAACUUUUCACGAGGGAACACAUCGACAAGCUCCUGGUGAUUCAACUCCAUGGAGGGAUGUUUCUUCCCCACUGAAUCGGCUAAGAGGAUGGUGGCUAGCACCUGCGGCCAAAGGAAGCAUGAUUGCCGCUUGGUCUGUGACAUUAGUUUUGGGCGCGUAUUGUUUUUUUAUUCAGCAGGAUGCCAAAGGAACGUAUUUACUUAAUAAUGUUUUAUUGCGUACUUUACACGAAGAGACAUUAAGGGCCGAUGCUAAUCAGGAACGUGCUUCAGAAUUGAGGGAAUUGAUGAAAAAAAGAAAUGUACAAGAAGAAAUAAGAAAUGAAGAGCAUUUGAAGGCAGUAAAAGGCUUUGAGGAAUAUGAUAAGACGAUGAAAAAGGGGAUAAUUAACCAUGAACUGGAGUUGUCUCGAGAGCGCGCAAGAGCCGAUGCCGUGCACGAGCGCAAUAGAGAAUUAGUUAGUGAAUUACUUGGCGUCCGCCAAGAAUUAACUCGGGUCAAAAAAGAGAAUAAAACAUUAUCGGCAGAGCUUGCAAAUUUACAAAAGAUAUCGAGAAGUCUUGUUUAG